UUUAUAUCGUCGAGCAACAAAACAAUAGAAUAUAUAUAUAUUCUAUUGUUGAUUAAAAGGGAAGGACCAGCUGAUCAAACACAACUUAAUAUUGAUUCAUGUCCAACAUCUCGUCGUUUAUUAUUUUUUGGUAAAUUUAAUUUUACUCUUGGAGGAAAGAAAUCUGCACAUAUUUCUUCAUCCUCAAAAUCAUCAAAAUAUUCUCGAACUGAUCAUAAACAUGGCUCUACAAUUUUUAUUCAACCACAAACUUCAACAGAACUCGGUCAAAAAGUUCGUUCCUAUAGUCAUUUACUUACACCAAAAGUGGUUAAAAAAGAAGAACAAUCAAAAUUAAAAAAACCUAAAUCUCAAAGAAAAAAACGGCCAAUUCAUAAACAAAUCAAAAAGAAAAAUACAACUCAACAUGAUACUAAAACUCGAGAUUUAGUAGCUAUUGAUGAUCAAGAACGUGAUCGAUGUCGAGCAUUACUUCAUAUUGAUCAACCAAAUAUUUCAAUACCACCAAAAGAUACUAAAAAACCGAAAAAAAUAAAAAAAAAUGAAAAAAAAUCAAAACCAUCUAAAGUAAACAAUACUACAAUGCAAGCAAAGAAAAAAGUUAGUACUUCAACGAAACCUUUACCUAUAAAUGAUAAACAAAAAUCUAAAAAAGUAAAACCUAAAAAGAACAAAAUAAAAUCUACUUCAAAUCAAAAGAAAAAAUCUAUUAAUAAACCGGAUGAGACUAUACCAGUCACUCCGCCACCACCACCACCACCACCACCACCAUCAUCGCCUGUCAACAAAGCACCAAUAAAAAGUAAAAUUACUUCUCCUCCAGCUCCAGUUCCUCCUCCUCCUCCUCCUCCUCCUCCCCCACCUCCAUCACCAACAUCGCCACCACCUCUUCAACAAUCAUCAAUAAAUACAAAAUCAAAACGUGAAAAA